CGGAGGGAGUAGAGGGGCUGUGGCUGCGGGCUGGCCCGGGAGGCCGUUACACUGGCAGCGGGGGAGGGGCUGGUGGGCCCUCUCCCUGGUUUUCACUCCCGCAGCCCCGCCCGGCCCCGGCCGCGCUGAGGUGAGUGGAGAAGGAGAAGGAGAAGGAGGAUAAAUGGGUGUGCAUGACCUUUACCUGAAGUAAAGCAGUUCCAUGUCUUGUUUGGAUUGUUCCUGUAUUCUGCGGACAACAGUUGAAUCAAUCAGACAAGAAAAGCAAUCAGAAAAUAGCAUCCAUCAAUACUUGGCAGAUGAACCCGAGUUAUCCUGGAUUCAUCCAUAUGGAAGAGAUGAAACGGUACUUUGUUCUUCUGACAUCUCCCAUUAUGAACUCCAGGUGGAAAUAGGAAGAGGAUUCAACAAUUUAACUUCGAUCUACCUUGCCCGACACACGCCUACAGGAAUGCUUGUGGCUGUAAGGAUCACAGACUUAGAAAGCUGCUCUGAAGAACAUUUGAAAGCUUUACAGAAUGAGGUGGUGCUAUCCCACUUUUUCCAGCACCCCAACAUACUGACACUUUGGACAGUGUUUACUACUGGCAGCUGGCUUUGGGUCAUCUCUCCGUUCAUGGCCUACAAUUCAGCUAGUCACCUACUGAGGACUUACUUCCCUGAAGGAAUGAGUGAAGCUUUGAUAGGAAACAUUCUGUUUGGUGCAGUUAGAGGGUUAAAUUAUAUGCACCAAAAUGGCUACAUUCACAGGAAUAUGAAAGCUAGCCACAUUCUGAUUUCAGGGGAUGGUCUGGUUUCUCUGUCUGGCUUAAAUCAUCUCUACAGUUUAGUUAACAAUGGACAGAGGUCAAAGGUUGUGUAUGAUUUUCCCCAUUUUAGUACUUCAGUACUUCCUUGGCUGAGUCCUGAGCUACUAAGACAGGAUUUGUAUGGGUAUAAUGUGAAGUCUGACAUUUACAGUGUGGGGAUAACAGCAUGUGAAUUAGCCAAUGGAUAUGUACCAUUUCAGGAUAUACCUCGUGCAAAGAUGCUGCUGCAUAAGCUGAAAGGUCCCACUUAUUGUCCCUGGGAUAUAAAUACCUUCCCAUGUGGGGAAUCCAGAAUGAAGAAUUCACAGUCAGGUGUGGAUUCUGGAAUUGGUGAAAGCAUGACGCACACAAUGACUAGUGAGAGAUUGCAAACUCCCUCCUCAAAAACAUUUUCCCCUGCUUUUCACAACUUGGUAGAACUCUGUUUGCAACAGGACCCCGAGAAAAGGCCAUCAGCAAGCAGUUUGCUGUCACACACUUUCUUCAAACAGAACUUCUACUUGAAGACUACUGCAAUCAAAUGCCAUCCUGAAUUUCCAAGUACUGCGUCACUACGUUCAGGUUCAUAUCGAGCCUCUCUGUGGCCUUCAACUGGACUGUUAACCCCAGUAUCGUGGUACCAGCUCUUUUACUGCAUUGCCCUCAAAGGCAUUUUUGGCCUUUAUAAAUGAUUUUAUUAAAUCUAUUUCUAUAUGUGCAAAUGCCAGAGCUCAUGCCUCUCCUCACCUGAACUGCUUUUUGUUCCACUGACACAUGAUAGAUAUCUUACGUUUUAAGACUCUAUCCUCUAGGUUUUAUAUAACCAGCCAGAGUCAUUUGGGCAGCUUAAUACUGUUGUCUAGAGAAGUCUAUACAUUUUGCAACUAACAUUCACUCUUCGAGAGUAGCAAUAGUCUUUAAUAGCAUCUGCCUAAAUACAGAAUUGUACUUUGGAUACCUCACUCUCUGCUUUAUUGCAUCACACUUCCAAUUACCAAAGGAGUUACCGUAAUGCAGAGUUGGUGCUUCUGAAAUAUCCCUUUAGUGUAUGUUAAUAACUAAAGAAUAUAUAACUAGGUAAAAGUAAGUUACUUAUAAUGUAGUAUUAAGGGCUUAUAAAUCGUUUCACCCGAACUGUGCAAAUUUUCUUUAAAGAACUUGCCAUUCUACCACAUUGCAGAAGCACAAGCUAAUGCGUGCCGGGGCCAUUGUUGUGUACCACUAUUAUUGCUGGCUAUGACCUAGUAACCCUGAGCCUCUUUCAAAUUUGGGUCUUCCAGUUUAACACACAGGACAGAUUCAGUCCUGGCAGAAGAGAAGAUACAACAUCCAUUUGCCAGCGUCUGAAGAAGAUCUCAGUGUUUUGGAUUAUUUUAAGACAUGGUAGGGUGGGAGAGACAAUUUUUGAAGUCUACAUCACCCAUUAGUAUGCACAUUCAAAAUAGACCACUGUAUGCAGAACAGAAAUAAGCAAGACUAUUUUAAAAAAAACCCCACCAACUUACCUUUAAGUCAUGGUUUAGCCAAGUUUUUAAUCCCAGAAAUACAAGACUAUUAAACCUGCUUCCUGACUAAAAUAAAAAAGUAUAUAAUUUUAAUUUAUAAUCUUAGCCAUCAAGUGAACAUGUUGAAGUGUAAUAAGAGAAUGGGCUUAUCCUGCUAUUAGUCAAAAAUCUCUCUCUCUGGUUUUGAGGGCUUUAUUUUUAAUUGUGGUAUAUCAUUUACAUAGAUCAUUUGUAAAUACUAGUACAAUACUUGUAAAAUAUAGGUCAAACCUAACUAAAUUGUAACAUUUCAAAAUAGGUGCACAGAUUUAUGUAUUAAAAACAUCUGUACUUCAAUUACAUACCUCUUAAAGAAGUAACUGACUGAUAGUGUUAUUUUAGAAAACAAGGAACAACUGAAAUUACUGCAGCUAUUUAAAUAUUUGACAAACUAUACUAUGCUAACCUGUGUAAGUCUUCCAUUGGAGAAAGAGUACCAUGCAUCAUUAACUGGAAUCAAAUGUUGUCCAUAAUUACAGGCCUAAACUGAGUUAUGCAUCCUAAUUGCUACAAAGGUGUUACUUGCUAUUUCAGUUUCUGUACGUGGAAAAUGAGUAAUUAAAAUAUCUAAGAAAGUUACUGAAUAAAAUAACUUCUAUAACCUUCAAAAUGAAAAAUCUUUAUUCAAAAAAUGUUAAAAUUGAGUACCAAUAAUUUAUUUGCUUCGUAUUUCUAAAACCAAAGCCAUGAAAAAACAUGAGUCUGUCCAUCUAAUUAUUCUUAUAAAGUAUUAGAAGUACUAUUUCAUCACAACACCGUGACCUGGAGGGAGGAAGUACUGAAUGCAUUUUGGUUAUCUAAAUUUUGGUAUCUAAAUGAUAAUGUUAAGUGGGAAAUAUCACUUAAAUACAUUGACAGACUAUUUUGGUUAAGUACUAUGAUAGCAAAAGUGUAUAAUCAUAUCAUUUUCCAUGUUCCAACUACCAGACUUUGGUAACAGAGAUCAAGGAAGUAAAACUUUGGUAUAUUCUGGCAGCCUGAGCCCACUCCUGUUGUUCUGAUUGAACAAGCCUUCCUAUACAACUGGUGUUUAAAGAAAUCCUAGAUACAUCUUGACUAUAUAUUUGAAAUUACUGGCUGCCGAAUUGUAUCCUUUCCCUAUUCCAAACUGUCAUGAAUGCUUAAAAGCAGA